UGUAGAUCGAUUUGCAAUCCAAAUAAAUGAUUAUUCGAAAGAGCACUACGCUAAAGCAACUUCUGGAUCGAUGGCCCGGUAAACGGACGUUCGGUAUCUAUCGGUUCCUGCCGAUCUUCUUCGGACUUGGAGCGGCGUUGGAGUUUUCAAUGAUCCACUGGCGUGUAGGAGAAACUAAUUUCUAUAACACAUUCAAAAAACGGCAGGCAAAAGAAAUCGUGGAAGAAAAAUUACGUCUGCAUCAGCUCGAACCGAUUCCACAACAGUAGAAGGAUUGUGCAAGACGGUGAAAUCAGACCAG